AUGGAGAACGCCAUAGGUGCUGCUGGAGAUCCUCAAACUGUGUACCUUGACUUCAACGCAACAACACCUGUAGCUCCAGAGGUAUUAGAGGCUAUUCAUCAUGCCCUUAAAGAUUGUUGGGGGAAUCCAAGUAGUUCCCAUCAUUACGGCAUCAAAGCAAAGAAGGUUAUUGACGAAGCCAGAACUAACGUAGCAAGAAUGAUUAAUUUGGACGAUGCAUCUGGAAUUAAAACUUGCCAAUGGAAGCGAGUGUCAGAAUUUUUACUAACCAAAUUAUGUAUUAUUAUGAUAUUGAUCAAAUUAGAUAUCCUUUUUACAUCAGGCGGAACAGAGGCCAAUAACAUGGUUAUAAGAUCUGUUACUACACAUUAUUCCAGACUUUGCAAAGAAUCUGGUGAUCUACCGCAUAUAAUUACCUCUAAUAUGGAACAUGACUCUGUCAAAUUAGUACUGGAAAAACUAGCAAAUGAAAAUAUCCUCGAAUACACAGUUGUAAAUGCUACUCAAGCUUCAGGGGGAACUGUAAAAUGUGAUGGCAUUACUCAGUUAGUUAGGCCAAAUACUUGUUUGAUUUCAAUUAUGCUUGCAAACAAUGAAACUGGAAUAAUCCAACCUAUAGCAGAAAUAGCUAAAGCUGUUAAGGCUCUGAACUGCGUGAGAGAACUUCAUAAUCGAAUAUAUUUCCAUACUGAUGCAGCUCAGGCUUUAGGUAAAAUUCCAGUAAAAGUUAAGGAUUUAGGAGUCGAUUACUUAACAAUAGUUGGGCAUAAGUUUUAUGGACCAAGAAUUGGUGCUUUAUAUGUCAAAAAUCUCGAUGCCAAAGAAACUCCACUUUAUCCGAUGAUAUUUGGCGGAGGUCAAGAGCGUAAUAUGAGAUCAGGAACUGAAAAUACUGGCAUGAUUGCGGGCCUUGGUAAGGCCGCUAGCUUGGUUGCACAGAAUGUGGAAUUAUACUCUACUCAUAUGGCAAAAAUAAGGGACUAUCUUGAAGAUAGAUUGAAGGAAAAAUUCGGCGAAAUGGUACAUUUUAACGGCCAAUUUCCGACUAGCCAGCGUAUACCCAAUACCUGUAAUGUUUCGUUCAUCGGAAAAGAAUUGAAAGGUUGGGAUAUCCUAGCAAAUGCAAAGAUCUUAGUAGCGAGUAUAGGAGCAGCCUGUCACGCGCAAGAUCGUCCCUCCGAGAUCCUUCUUUCCAUCGGUAUACCGAAAGAAAUUGCAUAUAACGCCCUAAGACUCAGCGUGGGACGUGAAACCAGCAUUUCCGAUAUAGAUAGAGUUAUUAGUGAUAUUCAGCAUGUAAUUGAUAGACUACGUCUACACUAA